UUCCUUUUGUUCCACAUGUUUGUUGUUGUUGCUUAUCCCCAAGCAGACCUUACAAAGGCAGUGAUCGCCUUGCAGCCUCCAUGGGUCAGUGUAUUUCAAGAGGAAAACAUAACCUUAUGGUGUGAGGGACCCCAUUUGCCUGGGAACAGCUCUACACGGUGGUUUCUCAAUGGCACAGCCUUUCAGACCUUGACCCCCAGAUACAGAAUCGCUGCUGCCAGUGUCAGUGACACUGGUGAAUACAGGUGCCAGACAGGUCUCUCAGUGCCAAGUGACCCAGUACGGCUGGAAAUCCACAGAGAUUGGCUACUGCUCCAGGUCCAAAGCAGAGUCUUCACAGAAGGGGAACCUCUGACCUUAAGGUGUCAUGGAUGGAAGAAUAAGCCGGUAUACAAUGUGGUUUUCUACCAAAAUGACAAGGCCUUUAAGUUUUCUCCUCAGAAUUCUGAAUUCACCAUUCUGAAAACCAGCCUGAGUCACAAUGGCAUCUAUCACUGCUCAGGCAUGGGAAGGCAUCGCUACACAUCACCAGGAGUCUCUAUCACUGUGAAAGAGCUAUUUCUGGCCCCAGUGCUAAAAGCAUCCUUGUCGUUACCACUCCUGGAGGGGCAUCUGGUCAACCUGAGCUGUGAAACAAAGUUGCUCCUACAGAGACCUGGUUUGCAACUUUACUUCUCCUUCUACACGGGCAGCAAGACCCUGAUGAGCAGGAACACAUCCUCUGGAUACCAGAUACUAACUGCUAAAAGAGAAGAUUCAGGGCUAUACUGGUGUGAGGCUACCACAGAAGAUGGCAGUAUUGUCAAGCACAGCCCUGAGUUGGAACUUCAAGUGCUUGGCCUCCAGACACCAACUCCUGUUUGGUUUCACGUCCUUUUCUAUCUGGCAGUGGGAAUGGUAUUUUUGGUGGACACCAUUCUCUGUAUGAUUAUACAUAAGGAACUGCAAAAACAGAAACAGUGGAAUUUAGAAAUCUCUUUGGGCUCUGGUCCUAAGAAAAAUGUAACUUCCUACCUUCAAGAAGAUAGAUACUUAGAAGACAUUGAGCUGAAAUGUCAGGAACCAGAACAGCUGCAAGAAAGGAUACACCAGAAGUCCUUAGAGGGAGGGCAGCAGUAGUGGCCCAGUGGGUGCCCACGGGUCUAGACAGCCCCUCCCUCUUCUUCUCCGGGCAAGCACUGGGGCACAAACAGCCGGAACUUUAGACACUGAACUGUGAGUCCCAUAAUAAUCUGACUCACUCAAUCAAAUAAAGCAAACAAAUGAAUGGA